UUGUUUUUGUUGUUUGUGCAGCACAGUUCCCAACAAGGUGAUUUUAAUGAUUAUAUGAAACGAGAACAUUCCUUGUUCAAACCGUAUCAAGGAUCGGGUAUGACAAUACCAUACUGGGACUUUAUAGGAACUACUUUUGUGACAAAUUCUUAUGUUCGCUUAACGCCGGAUCAGCAGUCCAAAAAUGGUGCCAUUUGGAAUCACGUGCCAUGCACCUCGAUAAAUUGGGAGCUCCAAGUCAAUUUCAAGGUUCACGGCAAAGGGAAAGACCUUUACGGUGACGGUUUUGCGCUUUGGUACGCCCGCGAUCGACUCCAAGCGGGUCCGGUCUUUGGCAGUAAGGACAACUUCAUGGGAUUAGCCAUCAUCCUAGAUACGUACAGUAAUCAUAAUGGACCACAUAACCAUCAUCAUCCAUACAUUAGUGCGAUGAUAAACAAUGGUAGCCUCACGUACGAUCAUGAUCGCGACGGUACGCACACACAAGUGGCAGGGUGUGAGGCAAAAUUCCGAAACGCAGAGUUUGACACACAAAUUAACAUUCGCUACGAGAACGAUGUGCUAACCGUUUUUACGGAUCUUGAAAACAAGGCUGCCUGGAAAGAGUGUUUCCGAGUGGAAGGAAUCAAGUUGCCUACGGGGUACUACUUUGGUGCUUCGGCAACCACAGGCGACCUUUCUGAUAAUCACGACAUUAUAUCAAUCAAGUUUUAUGAGCUCGAAGCACCCUCGCUUUUGGCAGAAGAUCGCCGUCAGAUAGUGCCUUCAGCAGCCACUUUCGAGCAGCCUCGCCAACACAAAGACGAUCCCAAACCGGGAAUGUCGAACGUGAAAAUUUUCUUCCUCAUCCUCCUAACGAUGCUGAUUGUCGUGGUACUGGUGGUGAUUGGAAUCAUGUUCUAUCAGAAGCAUAAAGAAAACGCCCGAAAACGAUUCUACUAGUGAAGCAAACGAUCGAUUGUGCUGCAAGCGGCCAAAUCGUAUACACUCGAGUAAAAAGACCAAACAUAGAAUAACCUGCAGGAUUUAGUUGCAUGUAACGAAUACCGAAGGAUUAGGCGUCUGCAACUAAUUCUAAGGAUCCUUGUAAGAGGAUUUAUUAAAUUCUAGCAGUGAAGUAAUACGAAUGAAUUUGUUUAUUUAGAAUCACCAUCACCAUUUUAACCUAUCCCUACUGUAUAUGACUACAAUUUGUUUCCAUGACUGAAGGGUUAAUAGGUCUACUGUAAAUUUUUCUUUCUUUUCUUGCUAUUUCAUUGUGUGAUGUUGUGUAAUACUGAAAUUUUCUUUAUAUUGGGAAAAUAUUUUUUCGGUAACAUUUUCUUCCUUAAAGCAAGGUUGGGAUUAAUAAUACUGAAGAUAUAAACUGAAUGAAUUUCUCUGGGUUGCAAUUGUAGCUCAUUUGUGAAGUCGAGGAAUUAGAAAAGAAAUCAAAGGUAUACGAAAAUUUAUUUAAUCGAUCAAACGAA